UUGAAAUAUAGUUUGUUAUUAUUCAUUAUUCAAUUAAAAAUAAGCUUUUUAUAGUUUCGAGUUUGUGUUAUUGUAUUGCUAUUAUAUAAAUAACAAUAUUGUGAUUUGUAUAUUGCUUAUAAGAUUCAAAACGUCCCUAAUUUUAACGUAGGUAACCUUCAUGUAUACAAUGCCGACGAAUUUUAAAGAAUCUUGUUUUUAAUAUAAUGGAAGCUAAGGAAGAAUCUUCAUCAAUGAGGAAUAUACAGGAACAAGAAUUAGUUAACGUAGAGCACAAAUCGAGUAAAGACUCGCUAAAGGAAAGAGGACAAGGUGAUGGCGAUGACGAAGUGUGCGGAACAACGUCAAACGAAAAAGAAACUUUUACACAAAUUGUACAGAGGUCAGCUGAUACCCAAACUAAUAAAAGUUUAGAACCUAAUGAUCAACAAUCUUUUCCAGUUGAACACGUAGAAAGAUCACAUAUAGCUAUUUCAAUUUACGGAAAUAAUGCAACAAGUUCAAAUUGUAUAAGGCAAGCAAGCUGUAGCAAAAAUAUGACUAAUUCUUAUGAUUUAAUAGGCUCACGUUGUGAAAAAGUUCCAAGUGAAAGUGAAAUAACUAGUAACGAAAAGCUCUACAUUUGUGAAAUCAAUGAACCUUCUUCAAGUGGCCUGCAUAUUGCUUCAACUAGCAAGUGUGAAAGCAUAUCUUGUAAUAGUGAAGGAAAAGAAAAUAAGAAAAGACCAUCAACACUAAGGCUUAAAAGGCCUGUGCCUGAAGGUGAAGACAGUUCAAGUGAUACAGGAAAUGAUGAUUAUUCACUGGGGUCUGAAGAUGGUUGUAUUUAUACAUAUAGAGGCGGUGAACAUUUAGCUGAUCUCCCAAGUUCUUUCUUUAGUUUAGAUAUGGGAUUACCUUUGACCCCAAAUUCAGCAAUAGCUCCAGCUGUACCAGCAGUACCUCAAGCAGUUAAUAACAGACCUGGUUCACGAGCUUCCAGUCCUGAUAUGGAUUUCUUGGAAAUGGACUUUGAUCCUGGACCUUCUUGUGAAGCAGACACAGGAGAUGAAUCAACACCUGAAGCUGAUAUAGAAGUUGUCAGUGUUCCUGAAGUCAAUGAGCAUGUCAUAAGAGGAACAUCACCGGAAUACCAGCCUGGUGUGGUACAGCCACUUAUGCAUCCUGUAGCCCAAAGCAGCACUGUUAAACCAUCAAUAUUUGAUGUGCCAUCCACCAGCAGUGAUCAUGUUCAUGUGCAGGAUCACUGUACCAUAGUUAAAAAGUUAAGGAAAACUCGUACAGAGUACAUCACUCAUGUGAAUGUCAGAGGAGAACAACUAAAGGUUCGGAGGACAAUGGCCUAUGACCCAAAUCCUGAACCAGUUACUGCACAUGGCUCCAGUGGUGAUUUGGUAUCAGCUAGGGAAAUUUUAAAUUACAAUGAAGAAAAAAAGAAUGUAGGCAUGGCUCAUCAAAUAAAUCAAGGUGAAAAUGCAACAAUUGACUCGGUUAACUUGACAACAGCAUUAUAUCAUGUCAACAUGGCAAAGAGACUUAUGACUGAUCAGCCUAAAAGUGAUGAAGUUCAAAGUUCUACUUGUGAGAAUGCUGAGCCUGUGGCUGGUCCCUCGCACGCUAGUGAACAUUGUGUAGAAGCUCCCCGGUGCAUGGUAUGGUCUGAGCGAGAAGCAUGUGAAAGACAAGUCACGCAGAUAAGCACAUCUGCCUGUGGGGCUACAGCAAUAGUUAAUGUUUUUCUUGCACUAGGAGUUCCUGUAAAUACUGAAAGAAUUAAUGUUGCAGUAGGCACAAGACAAAGAGCCAACAAUGCACCUAUACCAAGGUAUUUAUUGUCACGCUCUGUGGCUGGUUGUACGGCAUCAGAUCUCGUCACGGGCAUACAAAAGGCCUCAGAUGGGUUGGUCACAGCGAGAUUCUUCCCAACAUAUCCCGAAAGAAGUCUUUCAUUAUUACAUUGGCUCGCUGAUUGGAUUUCAUUGGGUGCAGUACCAAUCCUCACCUUAAACCUUCAGCUGGGUAGCGAAGGUGAGAUCCCAGAUGCCUGGCAUCAUCAGAUGGUGUUUGGGGUGUCUCCUAGGGGAGUGUACCUGUGUAACCCGGUGGAAUGCGUCUCCGAAGGGGUUGUCUGGUCACGACUGGUGUCCCCUUCUGUGCUUCUGGUGAGGUCAAGGGAUAUCGUGGCCAGAUUUGACCCGCAGACUGAUAUGUCCCCGUUGACAGCGGUGCCUGAUGUCCGGUUUCAUAGGAUGAAUGUGCUUGGUCAAGUAGCAAACAUGCUUCGCGAAUGGCGUUACUCGGGUUGUACGGAAGCGGAUACGCGUACACGUCACAUAGUGAUCCCGGCUUCGUACCAGGCCGGGGUCACUGUGGCGGCUCUCACGGGCUCCGAGGCUCAUAGGCGCCUCAUGCACGCACCGCAUUUAACUGCGUAUACAGAGCCAUGAAAGUGGUGUUUGCUGAUUCGCAUAUAUAUGGUGAAUCAGAAGCCAAAAGAAGAAUGAAGAUUUGGGACGUACUAUGGUCGCCGGAGAACCACCGAAUUUUUGUGUAUAACAUUACUCAGUGUGGAUUAUAUAGGUAUAUAACCGUGUAUUUAAGAGACGUUAUAUACAGGGUGCUUUUUAUUUCUACCCUCAGAUCUUUUUUACAGUCGCUGUGUAUGGACUUGCCACGCGACCUUGUCCAUACCAAUUCGAUUCAUUUCGCCUUUCGCAUCAGUAAAAAAUUUAAACGACGUAAAGUAAAAAAAAAUUAAACUUUUGAUUUUGGGAAUGUAUGAAUGAAGUACCCGCACUUAUUAGGAUCAAAUCUCUCUACAAAACGUGGUUAAAAUAAAAUGUAAUUUGUAGUGCAUUAAAAUAAUUCAAAUGUAGAGUAUUUUCUGGCAGUGUUAAUAAUCCACCCUGUAUUUACCAUCUUUAUACAAAAACUAAAUUUGAAAACAGUUUGUCUGAUAAUUUGUCUGUUUUAAAUACGCUGUGAGUUUCAAAUAACGGGCUAGUUAAACCACCGACUCCCCGGGUCUAUAUAAAAUACCAAUCGUAAUUUCAAAGUAAUGUAUGACUCGAGCAGUUGGUAUUUUGUAUAUAAACUUUCUUAAAAGCGCAAACUUUUUCAAUAAAUAUAUAUUUUUUAUAUCAUCAAUGCAUGAAGAAGCUUUUUAUCGCUUAAAUUCGUUUGAAAAACACCAUGUAUAACGUCAAUUUAAUGAUAAAAUCUAUAUACAAAAAUGUGAUUGGCUAAAUUUUAUUAGCCACAUGUAAAUAGUAUGAAUACGAUAAAAUAUAGACAUUAGAAAAUUGGUGCUUACUAGUCAAAAUUAUAUUAGCACACCUUAUUUAAGUCUUGACCGGUUUGCUGAGCCAUUGUAAAAUACACCUUAGUACAUGGUAAUAAAGACGUAAAGUUAAAAUCUCUCGUCGGUCAUGUUUCGGCUCAUAAAUGCGCCAAGUGCGAACUAAUGACACUGAAAAUUAAUUUCCUUUAACAUUUGAAAUUCAAGAGUUAUUUUUACAAAAACCAUGCAACUAUCACAGUUUUAUGAUUAUUUUAAAUUAUGAAUGCAAUUUUUUUAUCUGAUUUUGACAAGGGAAAGCUAUUGAAUGUUGUUCUGUGCAUUACCAAUUAUAACAAAAAAAAUCAUGUGGCUAUUCUAUAUUAAUAAAAAUCUUAUUGAGAGUAUUCUGUAUAAAACAUGGCUUUAAAGCGUUAUGGAGUAAACUAAUAACCAUUAAUUAAUAUAUAUAUUUUCAUACGUCAUGACACAAUGGCCACAGAUUAGUUAUAAAUAAUGUUUUCGCCUACCUAACUACUAAAAACCUACCUACUAAAACUAUAUUGAUUGAUUGAUUGAUUGGUUGAUCGAAAUAUAUUUAUGUAAUUUAACAACGAUAAUUUACUUGGAAACUUAAAUUCUAUUUACAAGCCUGGUAUGUCGUAGGGACUGGUGCGACGCCAUCAUGCUAAAGAAUUUUUGAAAUCAUGAAAGUUUUAAAAUUUAACAGAGUUAAAAAUAAGAUUUGUGUAGUCACUAAUAAAUAAUCUGAAAUGGUUUUUAAAAUAUUGUCAAAUAGCCAAUUAUUGGAAUUAGUAGUGGAUUUUUUUGUCGUUUUGUUUAUUAGUAUUAAUAAAGGCUUACCCACUAAUAUUUUUAUUCCUCCUGUCGAUAUUUAUCUUUAAAGGAAAAUAACUUCCAGUGUCAGAGUUGUAUUAUAUGAACUAAAAUGUAAAUCCUACGUAGUGUAGUUAACUGAAGACGUAUUUAUUUAAAUCCUUUUUGUUAAACGUAAAUGAAAUCUUCCCAAGCCCGGAUGUCAUGAAGCAUAUUAUUACAUGUAUUUUUGAAUAAA